AUGGCAGCGUCCUCGGCAUCGGCCGUCAGCGGCAGCAACGAGGCUCUCGGCGGUGCAGGUGACAAGGCGUCGGUGGCGCCAGAGGCUGUCCAUGCGACGACACCCACGCCGCGAUCUGGCUGCCCUGGUACCUGCACAUCUUCCCACUGUCGAGUGGGCUGCCUUUGUCGUAUCGUGGUCCGCUGCCUGUUUCCUUGUCGUCAACCUCACGCAGUCGCAGAUGUUGGCAAGGCGGUGUGA